CUGCUUGUGUUGCGAUUUAAACGUUGUGAUAUUUUUAUUAUUUUUUAUUCACUUUAUCUUUAUUAUUUUUCUGCGUGACCGAAAGAACCAUAGAAUGCGAUUUACAUUUAAAAGGUGUCCUUUGGUAUUUAUAGUAUUGUGAUUUUCUACGCUACGUCGUCUCACGUUACAUACACGUUUUUUGUGUAUAAUGUAAUCGUGGAUGUAUCUUUUGUUAAUAAACCUGUUUAUGAAAGAAAAAUAAUGCCUACGCUUUUUAAAAGAAAAUAAAUACAGAUUAGUUUACCUCGCGAGCAUAAAUUAUGUUAAUAAAUCCCGCGCGUGCGCAAUCGGUUUCAUUUAAAUCGUACGGCGGUCGGCCGUAGUGCCGCCCCACCAAUAUAUUUCCCACCGCGGAUAAGCGACGCCCCGCCUCAUUCGGAUCUUGAUUGGUUACGUUUACGUCACCGCCUACGCACCAACCAAUGGGGUCGCCUCGGCUACUGCCGUCGAUGGCAGUCCAUCCAAUCGGGUGGCUCGGAGGGGCGAGCGGCGCCUAUCCGCUGUAGGCAAUAUAAGCGGGUGGCACCGCCUGUUCAUGCCCCAUCGGAGCUACACGCAGCGCCUUACAGCCAACUCACGAUUAGCGCCAUGGGACGCGGCGACCCCAGCAAGCCGCGCGGGCGCAUGUCGUCCUACGCAUACUUUGUGCAGACGUGUCGCGAGGAGCACAAGAAGAAGCACCCCAACGACUCUGUGGCUUUCACCGACUUUUCCCGCAAGUGCAGCGAGCGCUGGAAGGGGUUGUCUCCAAAGGAGAAGCUGCGGUUCGAGGACUUGGCGCGUGCGGACAAGACUCGCUAUGACACCGAGAUGAAGGACUAUGCCCCAGCGCGUGGUGGACGCGGCGGCCCUGCGCAACGCAAGAAGAAGGACCCCAACGCCCCCAAGCGGCCCCCGUCCGCCUUUUUUAUUUUUUGUGCCGACUUCCGGCCGCAGAUCAAGGCGGACAACCCGGGCAUGGUGAUUGGCACCAUCGCCAAGCGACUCGGGGAGAUGUGGGGUCGGCAAACAAAUGAAAACAAAGCUCCGUACGAGCACAAGGCCAACAUACUCAAGGAGAAGUACAAGAAGGAUGUGGCUGCGUACCAGCGCUCAGGAGCAAGUGCGAGUGGUGCACACAAACCAGCAGCAGCUGCUCCCAAGCGAGGAAAGCCGGCCGCGACAGCCCCAGCGCCCGCCCGUCACGAAGAUGACGAAGACGAAGAUGAUGAGGAGGACGAGGAGGGAGACGACGACGAUGAUGACGACGACUACGAGGACGACGAGUGAUUGCGCCGUCAGACGCCGGCGAUCAGCUGGGUCUGACGAGGCAAUGGGGAGGCGAAGCCUCUAGGCGGCCGAUUGCCAAGAAGCAACUGCAUAACGGUUGCUGUUAGUAACGUGUUUUCUUGGGCAGUCAUUUUUAAUGUUAACCUGUUAAGGAACAGCAGGGUUUUGUGUGUGCGUGUGUGUGCGUAUAUAUGUAUAAUUUAUAUAUAUACACAUGUACAGCUCCCCCAUGCAACGCGUGCCCGUGCGCUACUGGUUUAUUUUGUAACGGUUGUUUUCUCUUUUUUGUUUAAGUAGCCCGUUUUAUGCCAAUUUGACGUUGGAUUAAUUAAAAACGUGUACAUUUUA